AUGUCAGAACAUCAGGAUAACAACAACAAUAACAAUACAGCGACAGCCGUGUCUCCCUCGACGACAGUUGCUCCUAUGCCUGCUUCCGUCUCUCAGGAGCAGCCAUCGUCGCAGCUCCCAGCCCCCACCGCUCCUGCGCCCGUGUCGACAGCCACACCCACAUCCUCGGUGACCGCGACCGCAGCUGCUGCGACCGCGGCGGUUGCGACCCCCCAAAUGAAUGGUAGCCCUCGUCUCAGCGAAGAGCUGUCCUGCCUUUGGCAAGGUUGCUCUGAGAAAUGUUCUUCUGCAGAGUCUCUCUACGAACACAUUUGCGAGCGCCACGUCGGUCGGAAAAGCACGAAUAACCUCAACCUGACUUGCCAAUGGGGUAGCUGCCGCACCACAACGGUUAAACGCGACCACAUCACCUCGCACAUCCGUGUCCAUGUACCUCUGAAGCCUCACAAGUGCGAGUUUUGCGGAAAGGCGUUCAAGCGUCCUCAAGAUCUCAAGAAGCAUGUCAAGACGCACGCUGAUGACUCGGUUCUCGUCCGGUCACCCGAACCUGGUUCUAGAAAUUCGGAUAUGAUGUUCCCCGGAAGUGGUAAAGGCUAUGCUGCCGCUGCUCACUACUUUGAGCCCUCGCUAAAUGCUGUGCCCAGCCAGGGAUACGGCCAUGCCGCCCCUCAGUAUUAUCAAGCCCAUCCUCCCCCUCAGCCAGCGAAUCCUUCGUAUGGAAACGUCUACUAUGCUCUCAACCAUGGCCAUGACGGCCAUGCCUCCUACGAAUCCAAGAAGAGGGGUUAUGACGCGCUGAACGAGUUCUUUGGUGAUCUGAAGCGACGUCAAUUCGAUCUCCACUCGUACGCGGCUGUCGGCCAACGCCUCUUGGGACUGCAGAACCUGUCUCUGCCGAUUCUGACCGGCGGCCCUCUGCCUGAAUAUCAGCAGAUGCCAGCGCCUGUGGCGGUCGGCGGUGGCUACAGCCCUGGCGGACACGGUGCUCCUGUCUACCAUUUGCCCCCUAUGAGCAAUGUGCGGACUAAGAAUGAUCUGCUCAACAUCGAUCAGUUCCUCCAGCAGAUGCAGGAAACGAUCUACGAGAACGACGACCAUGUUGCGGCUGCCGGUAUCGCCCAACCCGGAGCUCAUUAUAUCCAUGGUGGCAUGAGCUACCGCACCACGCACUCCCCACCCAGCCAGCUCCCCCCCAGCCAUGCUACGGCUACCACCUCUGCCAGCACCAUGAUGAGCAACCCUGCUACCCACUCGCCUCCCGCCGGCACUCCGGCGCUAACACCGCCCUCGAGCGCCCAGUCGUAUACCUCUGGACGUUCUCCCGUCUCCAUGUCUUCGGUCCACCGUGUCUCACCACCACAUCACGACGGUGGCUCGGGCAUGUACCCCCGCCUUCCAUCUGCCACCAUGGCCGACAGUAUGGCCGCUGGUUACCCGACCAUAUCGAGCGCUGCUCCCCCUUCGACUCUCAGUGGAAUCUUCGACGAUGAUCGUCGCCGGUACACGGGCGGCACCCUGCAGCGUGCUCGGCCCGAAGAACGCCGCCUGUCUGUUGACAUGGACAUCCGGCAGGACGGCAAGGAGGACGGCCAACGUACUCCCACUGGCAAAGAGCCUGCAUCGCAGUCGGCGUCCCCUGUCCGCAUCUCGGCCAAUCUCAUUGACCCUGCGCUGCACUCCAACAGCUCAUCUGAUGUGGAAUCGGCGCUGCGCACGGCACAGGCCGCCACGGAGGUGGCCGAGCGGACAGAUUCUCAAUGGGUUGAGAAGGUUCGUCUCCUUGAGUACCUGCGCAACUACAUUGCCUCUCGCCUGGAUCGAGAAGAGUACGAUACGGCGGAAUCCCGGCGUGAUCUGGCACGCGCUUCACCUGAGAUUCGCCACGAUGGCCACAUGGAGGGCGUUGAGACCGAUCAUGCUCCUACGAAGGCCGAAGAGCCUGUAGCGCCUCAUGCCAUCCGCAGUUCCUCGGAUGAUAGCGUGAUGUAUCCCACGCUACGUGGAUUAGGUGGGGAUGAGGAUACCAAGAUGCACAGUUAA